AAGUUACCUGGGGCCAUUCACAGACACACCGUUUGAGAGAGUUUACCGGCCCAGGUAACACACACACACUCAGAAGUCGAGCUUUAUUGCUUUAGUCACGACCCUCACUGUAAGAAAACAACUAUUUGAAUUUGAAUUGAGACGAAGGCAUUUUGACAAAGCGCCCGUGCUGGCGGAGGGCGGGGAUUUGCGGUUAGAAGUUGAUUAACCUGCUGCGGGACAUCUGAUAUGGACGAGUCCGGUGACUUGUAUGAUGUGUGCGAAACAAACGCCUCCCCUCCCUGGGCAGACCACCAACAUCAGUGUCCGGAGGAUCUGGACAGUGUGGAGUGUCUCAGAAGGAAGAUCAAAUAUUACUUCAUGAACCCCUGCGAGAAGUAUCACGCUCGUGGACGAAAACCAUGGAAACUCAUACUGCAGAUCAUCAAAAUUGCCAUUAUUACCAUCCAGUUGGUGUCGUUUGGGCUAAGCAACCAGAUGGUUGUCACGUUCAAGGAGGAAAAUCUGAUGACAUUCAACCACCUUUUCUUGAAAGAUUAUGUUGAUGGAGGCAUGGAUACGUAUGCUGUCUACAGACAGGAGGAUGUUUAUGAUCACAUUGAUUACAUCAUCAAACAGUAUGGACUUCUGCACAACAUCACAGUAGGCAAUCAUCAAUAUGAGAAAAAUGGUGCUGUCUACACUCCACUGUUGCUGUGUCAGGAGUACUACAGGAACGGUACCUUCUACCCUGGAAAUGAGACCUUCGAAAUUGAUGCCCAAGUGCAAACUGAGUGCUUUAAAGUUUAUCCGAUGUAUCGACCGUCAUUGCCGGAAGCACUUCCACAUUUUGAAUUGCAUUUCAAAAGGAUGCUCUCUGUCAAGAUCACAUUUGCUCUCAAGACCAUAAAUUUACAGACCGUGAGACAUCGGGAGCUGCCAGACUGCUAUGACUUCACUGUGAUCAUCACCUUCAACAACCAAGCUCACAGUGGCAGGAUCAAGGUUGACUUGGAAAACGAUGUACAAAUCAACGAAUGCAGAGACUGGAAAGUAAUUGGAGCAUCUGCUAGAAACAUAUACCUGACUGUGCUGCUUGACUGCCUCAUCAUCGUAACGUGCAUCACCUCCUUCACGCUCUGCACACGCUCAGUGAUUAAUGGGAUUCAGCUGCAGUUUGAGUACACACACUACUGCAAAAAGCACUGCAGUAAAAUAGUCCCAACAUCAGACAAGUUGGAGUUCGUGAGCGGUUGGUAUAUCCUGAUCAUUGUCAGCGACACGUUGACCAUCAUUGGCUCCAUUCUGAAGAUAGACAUCCAGACUAAGGUCCUCACAAGCUAUGACGUUUGCAGCAUCUUCCUCGGCACAGGCACCAUGUUCGUCUGGAUUGGGGUCAUCCGCUACAUGGGCUACUUUACAAAGUAUAAUAUUCUCAUCCUGACACUCAGGGCAGCUUUCCCAAAUGUUAUCCGUUUCAUCUGCUGUGCUGGAAUAAUCUACCUGAGUUACUGUUUUUGCGGCUGGAUCGUCCUUGGCCCGUAUCAUGAGAAGUUCCGAACCUUAAACACAGUGUCUGAGUGUCUGUUUUCUCUGAUCAACGGAGACGACAUGUUUCCUACCUUUAAGAACAUGAGGCAGAAGAGCAGCCUGGUGUGGCUUUUCAGCAGGGUCUACCUCUAUACCUUCGUCUCGCUCUUCAUCUACAUGAUCCUCAGCCUUUUUAUUACAAUCAUCACUGACACCUAUGACACCAUCAAGCAACAACAGCAGAGUGGAACCCCGACAUCAGAGCUGCAAAAAUUCCUGUCUGUAUGUAAAGAUCUGCCAAACUCUGGAGCGUACAGACUCGACAAGAAGAACGGCUGCUUCCUGAACUGCUGCAUCAACAGGUGCAGGAAGCAUCAAGAGAGGCUGACAUCAGAGGCAUAACGGCUUUAAUGUGGAGAUAUUGAAAGACUAUACUUUAUAAACUUUAACCUAACAAUUAAUGUGCACUUUAUGCGGUUAGAUUCAGUGGAAAUGGGUGGGGUCUUGAAAAUAAUUUCUUUACCAGUAGGCCCCAAGUUUGUUCAGGUGAUUGAUUUUUAAUGUGAAGCAGCAGUUUUUGAGUGCUGAAAAGACUGAACCCCAGCGGAUGUGAAGGUUAGUAAAUGAAGGAACUGAGACUCUUAACCCUGAUGUACUAAUGCUGAGAACACUGUGUAAAUACACUUAUAUUGAUAUGUAGAUGCAGGAAAAAAAGACUGACGUUGAAAUGGUAUUGUUUUUCGAAAGCAUGUCACAUGGAAAGAUCCCAGUGUUGUACACUGCAGAUAAUGAAUAGAGGU